CCCUCGCGCUGCUAACCUGCCAGAGAGAGACAGGAAGAGACGAGUUGAGCCGCGCUGCUGCUGCUGCUCUUCAGUAAACACGGCCUCUUGAGGAAACUUUUUACGGGGAAUAAAGUUAAAAUGUCCGCGUCGUGACCUUCGCUGAUGGGCUUACGGUCCAGUGGAUGUUACAGUGACGGGCCGGUGAAGUUCCGGGUUUGUAGGGAGCGGACAGGCGGCGUCUGGAGAGCUGUUGCUGUAGUUACUAACCUACAAGUGGUGAACGUUAGCCCAACCGGGGCGGUUCAGUAGCUGGGCGACGUGUAAAGUGUGUGUUUAUACUGUGGUGAACUGCGUUGAAAAGAAGAGGUUUAAAAUAACAGCAGUCCUUCGUGGUUCGACUUUUUGGGGCUCCUGUUCAAAUUUCCCUCCCUUUUUCUUUAUGUGGGGAGCCUGACUGGGGUCUCUGCUGGGUUAGCAUUCAGGCCGCGAGUAGUUAGUGAUUUUGCUAGCAGCCCGUGUUGGAGGGAGGAAGCGGAGGAAACAGUUAAACUGACUGUAACGCAAACCUAAGUUAGCCGUUUAACUUAACUUGAGCGUUGGAUAGCACUUUCUUUUUGGAUUAGAUUUAUCAUGGAUCCUCCUAACUCUGGGAAUUCAGCGCCGGCUGCCGCUGCCUCAUCGUCGAAAAGUGGCAAAGAGAAAAAGCCGAAGAAAACUUACGAGGACGGAAAUGAGAAGAAGAAAUUUACCUUCAAACGACUUAUUCCUGAUGAGCUGGAACGGUUUACAAGCAUGCGGAUGAAGAAGGAAAAAGAGAAGUCAAGUACGAUGAGCCACAGACACUCGUCUGCUGCGCAGUAUGAGAUUCCAGCACAGACAGCCAUGCUGCAGGACCACCCUGAUGAGUACAUCCUGGAGCUCUUUGAGCAGAUGCUGGUGGAUAUGAAUCUGAAUGAGGAGAAGCAGCGGCCUCUGAGGCAGAAGGACAUUGCCAUUAAAAGAGAGAUGGUCUCGCAGUACUUGCAUACAUCCACACAUGGGCAGAACCAGAAGGAAAGCUCCAAAUCUGCAGUGAUGUACAUCCAGGAACUAAAAACUGAACCCAGGGAUACACAGCUGCUGAGUUGCCUUGAGUCUCUGCGUGUUUCCCUUAACAACAACCCUGUCAGCUGGGUGCAGACGUUUGGAGAUGAGGGUUUGGCUUUGCUGCUCAGCUUCCUCAAGAGGCUCCAGGAAGAGAAAGAGGAAUAUCCGAAUUCCAGCAUUUCAGUAAAGUGCCAACAUGAGAUCAUCCGCUGCCUCAAAGCCUUCAUGAACAACAAGUACGGUCUGAAAGCCAUGCUACACUCACCUGAUGGAAUUUCACUCUUGGUCCGAGCCAUCAACCCCAGCGUCCCUCAUAUGAUGGUGGACGCCGUUAGACUUCUGUCGGCCAUCUGCAUCCUUGACCACCCUGAAAACCUUCAUGAACGUGUGCUGGAGUCUAUAACAGAGCUGGCAGAGGAAAGAGACAUUGAGAGAUUUCAGCCCUUACUGUCUGGCAUGCACAAAUCUAAUAUUGCUCUCAAGGGUGGCUGCAUGCAGCUGAUCAAUGCUCUCAUUAGUAGAGGAGAGGAGCUGGACUUCAGGAUUCAUAUACGCUCUGAGCUCAUGAGACUGGGACUGAGAGAGCUACUUGCUGAAGUGAGGCUCAUUGAGAAUGAAGAGCUGCGAGUGCAGCUUCAGGUUUUUGAUGAACAGGCUGAAGAGGACUCUGAUGACCUCCGGUCACGGCUCUACGAUGUUCGUAUUGAGAUGGAUGAGAUGUCAGAGGUGUUCCAGAUCCUACUGAACACAGUGAAGGAUUCUAAAGCUGAAGGCUUUUUCCUCUCCAUUUUGCAGCACCUGCUGCUGGUGCGCAGUGACUACAUGAUUAGGCCACAGUACUAUAAGUUGAUAGAUGAGUGCAUAGCUCAGAUUGUAUUGCGUCGGAACGGCUGCGAUCCGGACUUCAAAUGCAGAAACAUACAACUAGAUGUUGAAGGACUGAUAGAUAACAUGGUGGAUAAGACGAAAGUGGAGAUCAGUGAGGCCAAGGCCAUAGAGCUGGAGAAGAAGCUGGAUGCAGAGUUGACAACGCGCCACGAGUUGCAGGUGCAGUUCAAGAAGAUGGAAGGAGAUUAUGAACAGAAAGUCCAAGAGCUCAGCACAGAGAAAGAAGUAAUUGGCAGUGAAAAAACGGAGAAAGAAAAAGAGAACCAGACACUAUGUUGUGAGAUCAGCCAGCUCAAAGAAAAGGUUCAGAAACUAUCUAAGGAGCUUGAGGAAGCCAAGGCUAAACCCAAGACGAAAAUAAUCACAGUACCUGUGCCCAUGCCCUCAACACCUCCUUCUGGUUCCACAAGCCAAUCUGCACCUCCCUCUGGCCCUCCUCCUCCAGGAGCUGCCAGCAUGCCCAACCAACCAGUACCACCAGGGCCACCUCCUCCUCCACCAUUACCUGGCCAUAUGGGUGUGCCCCCGCCUCCACCUCCACCUCUGCUGCCUGGACAGGGAGGGAUGCCCCCACCACCUCCACCGCCACCACUCCCUGGCCAUGCAGGGAUGCCGCCACCACCUCCACCCCCUCCUCUUCCAGGCAUGCCUGGACCCCCUCCCCCUCCACCCUUGCCUGGGCAGGGAGGUAUGAUGCCACCUCCACCUCCUCCCUUGCCUGGUGGCCCUGGUGUACCCCCACCACCUCCUCCACCCCCUGGAGCUCCAGGUAUGCCUCCUCCUCCUCCAAUGCCUGGUAUGCCACCUCCUCCACCAGGUGGCUUUGUAGCUUGGGCCCCCCCAGUUCCACAACUGCCAUUUGGCCUGGAGGCCAAGAAAGAGUACAAACCAGAAGUGCAGCUUAAGAGGGCCAACUGGAGCAAGAUUGAACCUGAGGAUCUUUCUGAGAACAGUUUCUGGGUCAAGGCAAAAGAGGAUCGUUAUGAGAGCAAAGAACUCUUCUCUAGACUCACGCUCACCUUCUCUUCCCAGACCAAGACCUCCAAAGCAAAGAAAGACCAAGAAGGAGGGGAGGAAAAGGCUGUUCAGAAGAAGAAAGCGAAGGAGUUGAAAGUUCUCGACUCAAAGUCCUCUCAGAACCUCUCUAUCUUCUUGGGAUCAAACAGGCUGCCAUAUGAGGAGAUAAAAAAUGUCAUUUUAGAGGUUAACGAGAAGGUGCUUACAGAAAACAUGGUGCAGAGUUUGCUGAAGUUGUUGCCUGAGCAGGAGCAGUUGAGCGUGUUAUCAGAGUUGAAGGACGAGUAUGAGGACCUUGCCGAGUCUGAACAGUUUGGAGUAGUGAUCAGUUCGGUGAAGAAGCUGAAACCACGGCUGAGUGCCAUCCUGUUCCAGCUGCAGUUCGAGGAGCAGGUCAAUAACGUGAAGCCGGACGUUGUGGCAGUGACUGCAGCAUGUGAGGAGCUGGUUCAGAGCGAAAACUUCUCCCAGUUGCUGCAGAUCAUUCUGCUUGUUGGCAACUUUAUGAAUGCCGGAUCACGCAAUGCCAAGGCCUUUGGUUUCAGCAUCAGCUAUUUGUGCAAGCUCAGGGACACUAAGUCAGCAGAUCAGAAGCAGACCCUACUGCACUUCCUGGCAGACGUAUGUCAGGAGUCAUAUCCCAAUGUCAUGCACUUCCCUGAUGAGCUCAUCCAUCUGGAAAAAGCCAGCAGAGUGUCAGCUGAGACACUACAGAAAAAUCUGGAUCAGAUGGGCAAGCAGAUAAAGAGUCUGGAGAAGGACAUUGAGACUUUCCCUCCUCCUCAAAGUGAAAACGACAAAUUUGUUGAGAAAAUGACCAGCUUUGUAGCGACUGCACGAGAGCAGUUUGAAAAGUUGGAGCUGAUGCAUAACAACAUGCAGAAGCAGUAUGAGGACCUGGGGAAGUACUUUGUGUUUGACCCUAAGAAGAUAACCCCAGAGGAGUUGUUCAGUGACCUAAACAACUUCAGGAACAUGUUCCAGCAAGCAGUGAUUGAGAAUCAGAAGCGUAAAGAGUCAGAGGAGAAGAUGCGCAAGGCCAAACUGGCCCGAGAGAAAGCUGAGAAAGAGAAGGAGGAGAGACAGAAGAAAAUGAACACCGGACAGAUCAACAUCAACGACGAUGGUGAUGAGACUGGUAUCAUGGACGACUUGUUGGAGGCGCUGCAAUCUGGUGCUGCUUUCCGGCGAAAGAGAGGACCACGACAAGCAGCCAAUCGGCGAGGAGCUGGCCAUGCAGUGACAAACAUUCUAGCCAAAGAGCUGCUGCAAGAAAACAGCUCGCCCAGUUCCGGGGCCAAAAAGAGCCGAUUGAACAGUGAGGCCAAAAAGGCGGAGCCAGUAGAAGAUACAGGUUCACUGGAGGAUCUCUUAGAUGUCACCUCAUCAAGGUCAAAUUAGGAGCUGCAUGUACUGACCCUGAUCUUUCCUGCUGAGGGGAUUGGACAGUGCUUGGGGGCCAAAUGUGAGCCAUACCCUCAGAUAAAGCCUUUGUGGCAGAGCGUUGGCCAAUUUCACUGUGGAGGGAGAGGCUCUUUAAGCCCUGUCCUUCAUGGAAGCUUACAGAGCACUGCCACCACCCCUUUGCUCAUCCACUGCCCUACUGCCAUCAUCAUUUUCCUCUGUUUUUCUGUUUUCUGUCUCCUUAUCUGAAGUAAUAAGAAACGACCCAAAGAUUUUAGAGUGUCUUUAACAUUUAUUAUGCAUCAGGUUAUGGAUACAUUUUGACAUGCCUGCACUUGGACCUAAUUCUUUUUGUUGCUUUUUCAAGUUUGUCUUUUUGUGUCUGUUCACAGGGCUUCAACUUUACUGUUGUUUUGCUAGAACUAACUGUACCUACUAUGCAGAACAUAUACUGUAUGCAAAGUGUUUUAAAAUGGAUGUACGGUUUGAGUGAAUUUACAUUAACACAAGCAAAAUAAGAAGUGCCAAGUGUGCGUGCGUGUGCGUGCGUGUGCGUGCGUGUGUAUCAACACACUGUCCAAGGAGUGUGCCUUAGGGGGAAGGGUUAGUCAGUCAAAAGCAUCCUCUCUAACUGUUCAGUUCCUCUUUUUCUUAGGUGGGUGUAUGUGUGUCACUGGGUUAAUGAAGGUCUGGUACCUCAUCACAAUAUUUUUCUUUAUGUGAUGCUGUUUGAGUUGUUUUAUUUUGGUCCAAACAGGCUCUUGUUGCAGAUCUCAAAGCUAAAUUUAGACAAGUCUGUCAUUAUGUCACCACAGUGAUGGAGCCUGUGCUUGUGUGAGCGCAUGCGUGCGUUUAUUCACCGCCCUCUGUAAUUACUGUACUGCCUCAACUGUUAUAAAUUUUGCAUCUCAUAAACAGUGCUGUUUUCUGUGUGGGUGUGUGCAUGUGUUUCCGUCCGUAUGUGUGUGUGUCCGGGUGUGUUGGAGAGAGAGAGCGAUACGUACACUGUAGUCUUUCGGAUGAGUUAAUGUACUCUUGAUUAAUGCCUCCAAACUGCUGAAGCAGACAUAUCUGCCCCCGCUUGUCUGUUUGUCUGUCCGUUGUACGCGAUGAAAGUAAUUCUGGCAUUGCUUUAGCAAGAUUUACUACAUGCAGGAAAACUAGAGCUGUGCCCAGCCCUGCCUGUCACAUCUGCCAACUGUUAAAGGAGAACUCCACCGAUUUUUCUAAAUUUCUGCAGUCAUUGAGAUGUAAGCAAAUUGUGGCAUUGUGGAGAAACUUAGAUAACAUAGCCAAAGUGCAAAUAUAGCCAGUUUUUUUUCUUUGAAAUAAAGAUAAUGGAAUUGGUAACUGUGGGGGAAAUUUUUUUUUAUAUUAUUUUGCCUUAGAUCAGCCUUCAUGUACACUUGUAUGCAAAAUUUUGGGCACCCCUUGUCAAAUUAUCUUAUGUUGAUUUUCUUAGUGAGAAUAAAUUAACAUAUUCUCUACAGAGAAACACACUUCUGCACAUUUUAAUACACUUACUGUUUGUUUGCUGAAUUUAACAUAUCGGUGAAAAAUAAACCACAGAAGUUGACACUUUUAAGAAUUAUGGCACAUUUAAUAUGUAAUUUUUCAAUGUUACAUUUAGUAAAUAAAUAGAAAUUGUGCAGAAAAUCACCAUAAUGUUCUUUCUCAGGCAUCAUAUCUAACUAUUUCAUGUGACAACUUUCUGUAAGAGAGCUUUUAGAGACAAAACUUUCAGAUGUUUCAUUCCUAUUAGUACAGCUGAGAAACUGCACUCAGCAAUUCUAAAUUGUAAGUUUCUCUAGAACGGAGCAUUUCACGUCAAACCACUCUGAAUGACUGAAUUUUAUUUAUGCAGAGGUUUUCACAAAUCAGUGGAAUUCCCCUUUAACCUUGCUGCAGCAUCUGGAGAUUAUUUCAGGUGCUGGUUUCUCCAUUCUCUGGCCAAAACAGGGGUAAGAACUGUGCUCCGAUUAGGUGCAGAAGCCAGAAUCUCAUUACUGUUAGUGACUGACCUCAGUUCAGCAGAAAGUUGCUUACAACCUCAGCAUGUUAUCAGGAAAUGCUGAGCAGUGACUGUUUAGCCAACAUACAUGCUUCUAGUGAUUUUUCUCAAGGUGCUUAUUGUCUAUAAAGAGGAUUUAGGACCAACGCUUUGGAACUUGGGAGUUUUGUUCAAAGUUGACAAACCUAUAUUAGCAUUAGCACUGAAAAGCUCAAGACACUGGAUGUGAAUAGAGCACAGUUAGCCCAUCUGAACAUUUGGAAAAAUGGUGUGGAGGCUGUACUUAUGUUAAUGUGAGAGAACUGCUGUAGAAGCCAUGUUUACUGUGGUCGUCAAUCCUGAGAAGGAGUCAGUCUUCCAUAAAAUAGUUAGUAGUCUAUGGAUGUCUGUGUAACUCUGACGUGAACAGUGUGGAAGUAGGCCUUUACACACUGCUCAGACAUUUUAGUUUGCUUGAAGAGCACUUUGCGAAUGUAUUGUGGAACAUUUAUCUCUAUAACUGCACAUGUUCUAGUUCUGUAUGAAUCGUCCUGAUUCUCACAAGCUUUAUCUGAUCUGACAAACACAACUGAACAGUUUAUUUUCCUUUUUUCCCAUCGACAGCGUAUAGCUCCUCCUUUAGUAAUAAUGAACAGCAUCAACAGUGUUAUGACCUUUGGCUAUUGUCUACUGUUAAGAUUUAUUCUUUAAGGUCCAAGCUGGUGAGAUGCAGGGUGAUUUUCUUUUUUUUUUAAACAGGCUGCAUGUGUUUAGAUCACAGCUGGUCAGAUUUUAGAGUUUUUGGAGCGUUUUGGUCAGAUAGGACGGUUGAUCUCUGAUGGAGUUUGCAUGUAAAGACCUUGCAAACCUUUACUGAACACCUGAACAUUCCCUUUUCAAAGUUGUUCCCUUGUUUUCAAAGUGACCUGUGUAUGUGCUGGGGGAAUUCAGUGGCUGGAGAAAAGAACACAUAUGGCUCAUCUUUUUCUUUUCCCAAUUUUAAAGAUGUUUUUCUAUAUAUUUUUUUUAUUACUGAUUAUUUUAUUGUAAGAGCAUUGUAAUGAGAAAUGCAUUUGGUAAUGUGUGUAUAUUGAAUUGAAUUAUCUUUAGAUAAAUGAAUGCUUCCAAUUCUGUUGCCAUUAAAAAUAUCUUCAGUAGCA